GACCAGUUGUAUAAAGCAUCGAUCUUGUUGACUCCCCCAUUUUUUUUCUAAACUAUGUUUAGGUUUUAAUUUUCGAAAAACUAUUUCAGAGAAGGCGCUUCUGUCUGAUUGUCCGCGUCUGGAGAAGAUGAAGACGCCUCUGAAGACAUUGCGAGCGGCGCUAAGGCACGAGAAAAGAGAACGUAAGAUUAGGUCGUUGACUCAAGAAGAUGAAUUAGCUCAAGCUACACAGGAUAUGGUAGAUAUGAGGGAUUGCUAUGAUAGGUUGCUUUCUGCUGCUGCUGCAACUGUAAACAGUGUAUAUGAGUUUUCAGAGUCAUUGCGGGAAAUGGGCGACUGUCUUCUUGAAAAAACAUCAUUGAGUGAUGAUGAAGAAACUGGUAAAGUGCUACUCAUGCUUGGUAAAGUGCAGUUGCAGCUGCAGAAACUUGUAAAUAGUUAUCGCUCACAUAUUAACAAGACAAUUACAGUCCCCUCAGAGUCCCUUCUCUGUGAACUACAAACUGUUGAGGACAUGAAAAGACAGUGUGAUGAAAAACGAGAAAUAUACGAUCAAUUGACCCAAAAGUAUACAGAUAAAGGAAAACUAAGAGGAAGCAAAGGGGAGUGUUUUUCUUCUCAGCAACUGAAAGCAGCCUAUGAUGAAUAUGAUGAGGGAGCGAAUGUUUUUGUGUUUCGCAUGAACUCCCUCCGUCAAGGACAAUCCCGCAGUCUUCUAACUCAAGCUGCUCGGCACCAUGCUGCCCAGAUGUCUUUUUUCAAGAGGGCUCUGAAAUAUCUUGAGGAGAUUGAUCCGCAUGUCAAAUUGGUCACUGAGAAACAACAUAUUGACUAUCACUUUAGUGGACUUGAAGAUGAUGUCAGGGAUGAUGCUGUAAAGGAUGAUAGCGAUGAGUAUUUUGAUGAUGACCAUGAUUCCAAUGAUGAAUCUGAAUCGCAUGAUGGUGAAUUAAGUUUUGAUCACGUUCAGAAUGAAAAUGAAUAUGUAUCAGUCAAUUCAAUGGAGUUGGAUAACACAGAUAUUACAUUUCCUCAAGUUGCGAAAGCUGAGGAGAUUGCAGAGACAAAUAUCGGUCGGAAGUCUUUUGCCUUGCGCAAAGAGACUCGUGUAAGCAGCAAAUCUGCACCACUCAUUGCUGAAUCAAAACAUGAACGGGCUUUGCAGAAAGGCACUUCACCCGCAUACAAGAUUCACUCUUAUGUGUUACCCACACCAGUGGAGACUAAUAAGACUCAAUUUCCAUUGAAAUCAAGUGCUGAAGCUCCACCACAGCCAAGGCGAACAAGUCUGGAGAGUAGAGAUAGCUUGUGGCAUUCUUCUCCUCUGGAUAAGAACAUGUAUGAGAAAGCUAGGCGAUCCGAAAACUUAUCCCUCCGUGGGCCUUUCAUCUCUUCGUUGUCUGGACACUCGUCACCACAGCUGGACACAUCGUCAGCAUCUGAUGCUAAAAAGGCCAAAAGACAAGCCUUUUCUGGCCCUUUAACUGGAAAGCCAUGGCCAAACAAUCCACGUAUUUCUUCCAGCGGCCCAUUGCUUUUCAAAGGCAUCCCUCCCCAAUUUUCUGGGCCCCUCUUGCGUCCAUUACCCCAACCUUCAACAUCGAAAUUGAGCUCAUCACAAGCUUCUCCCCCUCGAUUAUCAUCUCCUAAGAUUAGCGAGCUACAUGAAUUGCCAAGGCCCCCACCACCCCAUUUAUCCACCACCACCACCAUACCAUUAUCCCCUCACAUUACUCAUUCAGGGCCUUUAUUGUCUAGGCUCUCUCCUACAAAUAAAGCAGAUGUAGUGACUCCUCCAGUCACUGUGUCUACACUUCCAAUGCCCCCUCCAGGCCUGCCUCGUAGUUACUCCAUACCAUCCAGAGGCUGCGUCGGAACAACAAGUGUCCCUAAGCCAUUAACAGAUUUUGCUUUGACUCCAAUAACAUCGUCAUCAAAUAGUAUCAAGACUUUGUCCCCAGAUACAUGACACUUUCAUGCCAUAUGAAAGGGGUGCAUUCUGGGAGACUACGUGUUCUCUUUUUUUUUUCCUUUUUUUUUCUGUAGGAGGUACAAGCACAGUUUUGCCACGUUGUAUAUAUUCUUCAUGGUGGAAUCUCUCCACCCGUGUCCGAAUGGUGUCGGGUUUUAGCUUGGUGGUAUAGGUGGUGGCGCUGUAAAGCAUUCAUACAGUAUAUUUAGGUUGUAAAGCCCUACGCCCUCCAACAGAUGUGAUUUAGGAGAACCAAAUUUAUGUUUUCUUCUCCCUUCUGUUUGUAUUUGCCAUUGUUGCUUUCUGUGCUUGGAA